UUUUUAUUAAGAUAGAUAAUAUAGAUGCACACAUAUUUCCACAAGCUAUGAUUCUUCAAUCUGCAUUUCACUACUAUUCUCAUAUCAUUUUGAUGAUAAUAUCCAUAUAUCCAUUGUUGUUGGCAUGUGCAAAAGAUCUUACCAUAGCAAAACCUGGUUGUGUUUCCACAUGUGGGAACGUCGACAUCGCUUACCCUUUUGGUAUGAACGACUCCAAUUGCUACGCUCACAAAUUUUUCGAGAUAGAGUGCAAAUAUCACAAGCCUUACCUUGCAUCAUUCAAUCUUGAGGUCACACAAAUUUAUGUAAACGUUAGCACAGUGGAGAUCAAGAACCCAAUCUACUAUAGCUGCCAAAGCAAAAACGCUUUCAUAAACCUAACAGGAAGCCCUUACGUGUAUUCCCAAGAAUACGACAAAUUCAUGGCCAUUGGUUGCAACAAACUAGGGUUCUUGCGUUCCAACGGUUCAAAGGUUGGCGGUUGCGUGUCCAUCUGCGACGGCGACGAAGCUGUUGGAAAGGUUGAAUUCGGAAACGACGGUUGCCAUGGGAGAUACUGCUGUGAGACUUCACUGCCUAUGCAUGUUUGGGAGUACAACGCAACAAUAAGGGAUAUUAUUAUUGGAGAUGGAAGUGAGAGCAACACGUGUAGCUAUGCCAUGAUUGUGAGUGAUGCUUGGCUUCACAGUUAUGGUUUGGGGAUUCAGAAACUUAGUAACGUCGAGAACAUGAUUGAUGUUCCUGCUGUUCUUGAGUGGGAGAUUCGGUAUGAUAUGGGGAUCAAUUCAACACUCUCUCCUUCUCGUGCUUGUUGUGACGCUUCGAGUCUUACGUCUCCAAGCAACACUUCCUCUGGUUUUAGGUGUCGCUGCUUGGAUGGUUACGAUGGCAAUCCCUACAUUCGAGGGGGUUGCAACGCUGUGGCAUCCGGUAAAGAAAGUGGAUCCAAAUGGGCUAUAGUAGGAGUUUCAUCAAGUCUUGGGUCAGUCAUUUUACUCCUUGGUGGAUGGUUGUUGUACAAACUUAUAAGGAAGAGAAUAAUAAAGAAACGCAAGGAAAAGUUCUUCAAGAAAAAUGGCGGUUUGUUGUUAAAACAAAAGUUGUCUUCAGGCGAAGAAAAUGUUGACAAAGUUGUUCUCUUCACCUUAAAAGAAUUAGAAAAUGCCACUGACAACUUCAAUCUAAACAGAGUUCUUGGAAAAGGAGGUCAAGGUACCGUUUACAAGGGAAUGCUAGUAGAUGGCAAAAUCGUUGCAGUCAAAAAGUUCAAAGUCCAAGGAAACACUGCAGAAUUCAUCAAUGAAUUCGUUGUUCUUAAUCAAAUUAACCAUAGAAAUGUGGUUAAGUUAUUAGGGUGUUGUUUGGAGGAUGAAGUUCCUUUGCUCGUUUAUGAGUUUAUUCCCAAUGGUAACCUUUAUGAACAUCUUCAUGAACAAAAUGAGAAUUUACCAAUGACAUGGGACAUGAGAUUGAGAAUUGCGAGUGAGAUUGCAGGAGCACUUUUUUACUUACACUCCAUUGCUUCUCAACCCAUUUAUCACAGAGAUAUCAAAUCAACAAACAUACUAUUGGAUGAAAAGUACAGGGCAAAAGUGGCAGAUUUUGGAACCUCUAGAAUAGUUUCUGCUGAAGCUACUCAUCUCACUACGGUAGUUCAAGGAACUUUUGGUUAUUUAGAUCCCGAAUACUUUCAAACUAGUCAGUUUACUGAUAAGAGCGAUGUUUAUAGUUUUGGAGUAGUGCUUGUCGAACUUUUAACCGGACAGAAGGCAAUAUCGUCGAUAAGAUCGGAUGAAGUGAGGGGUCUAGCAUCGUUUUUUGUUGUGUGUAUGGAAGAGAAUCGGGUAUUUGACAUUGUUGACAAAAGAGUGUUGAAGGAGGGAGAGAAAGAACAUAUAAUUGCAGUGGCUAAUCUUGCAUAUAGGUGUUUAGAGUUGAAUGGGAGAAAAAGACCUACUAUGAAACAAGUUACCUUGGAAUUAGAAGGGAUUAGAAGAUUGGAUUAUUGGAAGGGUGGUUCGGCACAAGAAAACUUUGAAGAAAUUGAGCUCGAUAGAAAUGAAGACAAUCAACUAUGGGAUGGAUAUUCAUAUUCUAAUAUGUCAGAAACAUUGCACACUACUACAAGUAGCAGCAGGGAACUCUCCGAGGUUAUGCCUAUUCUUACAAUGAAAUAAUUGGAGUUGUUCUUAUAGUGUACAUAUAUUAUGUUGUCUUGACUUACUAGAGUAAUACACAUUUAUGUUUUAGAAAC